GAGUUUGAAGCAGACAUGGAUAAAGUUACAUUCAAAGUCAAUGGAGUGCAUUGCUCUGUUGGAUGUGAGGUGAAUUCUGGUACAUCAUUGCUGGAAUACCUGCGCAGACAUCUGGAGCUGAGAGGCACCAAGUACAUGUGCACUGAGGGAGGUUGUGGUGCCUGCCUCGUUAGCGUGGUGAAGCAUCCCGGAGCACUACCACAGAGCGUUAACUCGUGCUUAACGUCGGUGACGUCGUGUAAGGGCUGGGACAUUACAACGAUAGAGAAAGUUGGCAACAGGCUGGAUGGAUAUCACUCCCUGCAGAAGACCUUGUACGAGAACAGUGGCACACAGUGUGGGUACUGCAGUCCAGGAUGGGUCAUGGCUAUGUAUAGUCUUCUUAAGAAGAAGAAAAUGACUAUGCUGGAGAUAGAGAAGUCAUUAGGCAGCAAUGUCUGUAGAUGUACCGGCUAUAGACCAAUCCUAGAUGCCUUCAAGAAGUUCGCUUCAGAUAGCCCUGACCCAUACCAUCUACCAGACAUUGAGGACUUAAAGAUAUGCAAGAAAUCUGGUGAUGAAUGUUCACAGACGUGCAGUGAAUCAGAUUGGUGCUUUAUUGGACAUGAUGAUGUGGAAAGAUCUCCAGUAAUUCACAUUAAGUUGUCUGAUAAUAAGGAUUGGUUCAGGGUUGAGGAGAUCGGUGAUAUAUACAAUAUAUUCAAGAAAUAUGGAGCUGAUGAAUACAUGCUUGUUGCUGGGAAUACAGCAAAGGGUGCUUAUCCAAUCCUUGAGUAUCCGCGUCUACUAAUAGAUGUAUCUGGAGUUACUGCGCUUAAAGGGUACUUGAUAGACCAGAACCUAGGAAUCGGAGCUGGCAAUACCCUCACAGAGUUGGAAGAGAUCUUCACAAAUGUUUGCAAAAGGGAAUACUUCAGUUAUCUCAGAAUUCUUUACAAUCACUUACAACUGGUCGCUCAUAUUCCUGUCAAAAAUAUUGGAACUAUUGCUGGCAAUCUAAUGACAAAGCACCGGCACAAUGAUUUUAAAUCUGAUAUAUUUCUUCUAUUGGAGACAGUCGGUGCCAAUGUAACGAUUCUUAAUGAAAGAGGACUUCCGUACAGAGUGAAUAUGAGACAAUUUCUAAAGGAGAAUAUGAGAGGGAAGAUCCUCCUGAACAUAUUGCUACCUCCUUUCAACGAACAAUAUAAAUUGGUCACAUUUAAGAUAAUGCCCCGUUCUCAAAACGCCCACGCAAUAGUUCACGCCGGUUUCCUAUACAAAAUCGACAGGAACCUGACUGUGGAAUCAUGUCGCAUCGUAUUCAGCGGUCUCUCUCCACCGCUGACGAGGGCGAGCAAGACGGAACGAUUCUUGGUCGGCCAGCGGCUGUUUACCAAUGAAACAUUGCAAGGAGCGCUCGGUGUACUCAACGAUGAGAUCGUCGUGACAGACCAUCUGCCCGAAAUGUCUGCGGCCUACAGGCGGCAACUCGCUCUGGGACUCUUUUACAAAGGUUUGCUAUCGUUGUGUCCGCCGAACAUAUUGGGAGCUCGAUACAAAUCAGGUGCUAUUAGAUUAAGAGAGGAUCGGUCCGGCUCUGAUGGACGACAGAUAUUCGAUACGAACCCAGCGCUGUGGCCUCUCAACAAACCAUCACCUAAAAGUGAUGGAUUGAUUCAAUGUGCCGGUGAGGCGACAUACACAGAAGACAUUCCAUCACUGCCGAACGAAGUGUUUGCAGCAUUUGUACUCGCAGAUAUUCCCUUGGGAACUAUUGAUAGAAUAGAUUCAAGUACAGCAUUAGCAGAGCCCGGAGUUUUAGCAUUUUAUUCAGCAAAAGAUAUACCAGGUGAAAAUAGCUAUACACCGGCUGGUUCUACAUUCUACCAAGCAGAUGAAGAGGUUUUAUGUGAAAAAGAGGUGAAAUAUAUGAACCAGCCUAUAGGAAUUAUAGUAGCUCAAAACCAACACAUUGCUGACAGAGCUGCAACUUUAGUUAAAGUAUUAUAUAAAAAUAUAAGGAAACCAGUAGUGGAUAUUAAAAUUGCCAAAAAUGAUCCAAAAAGAUCAACAUUGUUCAUGAAUUUCAAACCAACUAGAACGGGGUCAGAUGUGACAAAGGUAAUAAAAGGAGAAUCUACGAUAUACGGGCAGUAUCACUUUACUAUGGAGACGUUGGCUUGCGUGUCGCAUCCAAUUGAAGAAGGCAUCAAAGUGUAUUCUACAACUCAGUGGAUAGAUGUAGUACAGAGAAUGGUAGCAAAAGUAUUAAAAAUUGAACAAAACAGAAUCGAUGUUCAAGUCAGACGGCUUGGUGGAGCUUACGGUAUAAAAAUAUCAAGAGGGACUCAGGUAGCCACAGCAUGUGCUUUGGUCACAUUUAAACUUAACAGACCUUGCAGAUUUAUACAAAGCUUAAAAAAUAACAUGCGAGCUGUAGGUAAAAGGUUACCAUGUUCGACAAAUGUUGAAUUGGGUGUUAACCAGAGAGGGGAAAUUCAAUUCUUAAAAUAUGAACUGUAUUCAGACAAUGGCUAUAUUAUUGAUGAACCUCUAACCGCUCUGGGACUUGAUUCUUAUUAUAAUUGCUAUGAUAAAAGUACUUGGGACUAUACAGUUCUGAAUUCUAUAACUGAUACAGCGUCAAAUACAUGGUGCAGAUCUCCAGCAACCUUGGAAUGUAUUGCAAUGAUUGAAAUUAUUAUGGAAAGAAUUUCUUAUGAGGCUAAUAUAGAUCCAUUUGAAGUUCGUAUAGCUAAUUUAGACAAUAUACAGCAUAGAGACAUCUUAGAACUUGUACAAACAAUAAAAACGAACUCGAACUAUGAAAUGCGAAAAAAGGAAAUAGAGAAAUUUAAUGUAGAAAAUAGAUGGAAGAAGAGAGGUCUUAGGUGCUCUUUUUUGAGAUGGACUCCAGUUGGAAAUCAAUAUUUCGAUAUAAAUCUUGCUGUUUAUUUUGGUGACGGCUCUGUUAUUAUCACACAUGCAGGAAUCGAAAUGGGCCAAGGUGUAAAUACAAAAGCAGUACAAAUUUGUGCAUAUCUGUUAAAAAUACCUGUUGAAAAAAUUCAAAUAAAACCCAAUGAGACUACAAGUGCGCCGAAUAGUUUUGUGUCAGGAGGCAGUGUUACAUCACAAAACGUUGCGAUUGGUGUCCGUAAAUGUUGUGAAGAGUUACUUAGAAGAUUGGAGCCUAUUAAACAGAAACUGAAUAAUCCAACUUGGGCGCAGCUCAUUCGAAGUGCUUAUGAUGCUCAGAUCGACCUACAAGUUCAUGGAUUCACAAAUAUAGCUGAUACUCAAGAGUAUAACAUAUAUGGAGUGACGUUAGCUGAAGUAGAAAUAGAUGUCCUAACUGGAGAGUGGAACAUAAACAGGGUUGAUUUGAUUGAAGAUGUUGGACAAAGUGUUAACCCUGAAAUUGAUAUUGGCCAAAUUGAAGGUGCAUUUGUGAUGGGAGCAGGCUAUUGGACAACUGAGGAGCUGGUGUAUCAUCCAGAGACUGGGGAACUCCUUACCGACAGAACGUGGGAGUACUGGGUCCCACAAGCGCGAGACAUCCCUCAGGACUUCAGGAUAUAUUUCAGGAAGAAAUCCUACACCAACAAUCUUAUAUUCGGAGCGAAAGCUACUGGCGAGCCGGCAACCUGUAUGGCUGUGGUCAUCCCGAUGGCGAUGAGGGAAGCCAUCGCAGACGCGAGAAGGGAGGUCGGGAGGCCACGAGACAAGUGGUUCGAGAUUGAUGGACCUUACACCGUCGAGAAACUGUGUCUUUCGUGUGCUACACGUAAAGAAGAUUUUAAAUUAUAUUGAAUUAAAAAAAAUUGAUAGACAUAAUAUUAUCAAUAUUUAGAUUAAAUCAGCUCCGGCAAGCUCCUCCACAUAACUAAGAAAAAAGCAAUUCACUCGAUUGUAUGAAACGUGCAGUCAUUGAUAGAUUGAUAGAUGACGGCUAUUAAUCUUGUAAAGAAGCAUAUAGCCAAAAUCCACUACAAUUGAAGCAACUGUUCGCUUUCAAACUUAGCCAGAUUAUACUUCGUCGCCAAUCGCCAUACUGAUUACAGUAUGGCGAUUGGCAACGAAGUAUAACAUAUAUAUAUAUGUAGCCCACCCAAGGGCCGGAAUGAACUUUAAAAAUAGAACUGCUGUCAGCUGUGUAGAGUUUAAUGUAAAACAAAAAGGAAUAAAAAAAAUGGUGCGGCCAUGUGGCUUUCUAAACAGCCAGUGUGAACUUAACACAAACUUCUUUGAGCGGAAUAAGCCGCAACAAUUACGCGGCGAGUUCCAUAUUUAAAAUUCAACAAGUCGUCAUAAAUUGUCCUAAUUUGACAAUUAAUUUUAAAUAGGUACUACUAAAAUUAUAACAUAUUAUUAUCUAUGAAUAGUUUAGAUAAACAAAUAGUUUUAUUUUCCUCAUAUUCGAAAUGAAAAGUAGAGCGUUUAACACGGGUAAAAAAAUGAAUUCCUACUCGGACUAUAGCCGUCUAAAUACCUCGGGAAUUGAUUCUUUCGACCCUCGGUUAACAAUCUACUAUUUUCAAUUUGAUGUCGAAAGUAGUAGAAGUUUUUAAUGUAUACAACAUUAGUUAAUUUUUUUAAUAAUCGUGUUGGUAUAAUGAUCAUUGUAAUGUUUGUAUAAAUAAUAUUAACCCUUUAAAUCAUUGACGUUCUAUACACAUAUCAUAAGGACAUAUCAUUUGCAGUCUGAUAGCGGAACGGCAAAAGUGCGCUUCAAGAUAAUGUAAGGACACUGUUCUCCUUAGUCGUGUAUAAACUGUCACUGUCAAAAUCAAAUCUGAACUGAAUAAAUGUUUUACAUUGCUGCUUAUUGAUCAAGAAUAUUUAAAAAAACUGGAGGAAAUGCGGAAAUGUAUAGAUAUAGCAGUCGAAGCUUGUUAUGGUGUAUUUUGUGGCAUUUUCCAUAUUACGGCUUUGUUUUUAUAUGACAUGUAUUGUGUAUAU